AUGUCUGUCCAAAAAGCAAUUGCCGUGGUCGAGCUGGCACAGCCCAUCAGGCUGAUUGAACGGCCCGUCCCAAAGCCAGGCCCGGGCGAAGUUCUGGUCAAAGUCUCCAUCGCUGGACGUGAGUACUUGUAUUGCUAUGUGAACCCCAAUCUGAGAAGUCGUCUUAUUGGUGUUGUUGAACAGAAGAACGUAACGGAUCCUCUGGCUAACUCGUUUGUUCCUCCCCACGCAGUAAAUCCGCACGACGUGCUCGUGCGUGAGAUCGGGUACUUUGUGGGCAAGGACAAUCUGCCGGGGGUGCUCGCCAUCGACAUCGUCGGGGAAAUCAUCCAACUCGGCCAAAACGUCGACAACGACAACUUCAAGAUCGGGGACCGGGUCAUGGGCCAGGGAGACCCGUCGGUGUCUGACACGAAGGGGUCGCAGGAAUAUGCCGUCCUCGACGCCGACUUUAUCGCCCAUCUGCCCAGCGCGGUCAGCCCGGACCAGGCUGACACGAUCAUCCUGAACCCGUUGACGUCGUACGUGGCCCUGUUUUCGCCCCUCGGUCUGGACAUCCCGUCGCCACUCGAUGGAGCGAAGACGGACUUCGACUACCACCGCACCAGCAUAGUCAUUAUCGGCGGGAGUUCUGCGUGCGGGCGGUUCGCGAUCCAGCUGUCCAAAUGGGUUGGGAUGGGCACCGUCGUCACCGUCGCGGGUAAACACGGCGAAUCGGUUCUCAAAUCUCUGGGCGCCACGCAUGUCAUCGACCGUAGUAUCCCGGACGAAGACAUCCAGCGUCAAGUUCGCAACAUCGUCGGUGACGACCUGCUCUACGUGAUUGACUGCAACAACCGCGCCGACCACACACCAGGCAUCCGCAUGCUGUCCAACGCGAAGAAGGGCACCAUCGUGCCGCUGGCCGCCGCACGCCCAAACACAGUCGACGAGGCCAAGAUCGGGCCCAAGCAGCAGGGCUACAACUUCAAGAAGUUCGUGUGUCGGCCGGUCCUGUUCCGCGAGACCGCGGCCCAGUUCUACAAGGCGUUGACGCAGCUGAUUGACCACGGCGUGCUGAAGCCCACGCCCUUCCAGGUCAUCGAGGGCUUGGACGCGGACAAGAUCAAUGCGCAGCUCGACCGGUGGAGAGACGGGCAGUGGCCGCCCAGGGUCAACAUCCACGUUUCAUAG